AGCGUGGCAUUACAGCUGAGAUUCAAAUUUAGGGUUGGGCGCCUGUAAUGGUUUCAUAACAGCCCUGCCCACAGGUGACCACUAUAGUAACGCGUUAUGUUUGACUAAGGUGUGCCUCUAGGUAACUGUGACAGCUUGUGUAAAAAAAAACAAAAAACAAAACAAAACAAAUACAGUUCGUUGUAACGAUGUGACUAUUUUAGUUUAUACAUUUUUCACUUGACUGUUUUAGCUGUUGCUGAACAGUUGUGUUCAUACUGUUUCUUGUAAUAUAACUGUUCAGGUUUCAAGUUUAAGUUUCGUUUUCUUCUAAAGCAAUCCGCCCGUGUGUCCCGCCCCUGUUAUCUUUGUGCCUCGCUGUUUUACCGCACCCCCUUCGGUUCGCAUGUCGCCCUGAAGCAGCAGCAGCACACAUGGCGUAUUCUACCGCAGAAAGUCUCUUUCGAGAAGACCUGAGCUGCCCCAUCUGCUUGCAGCUCUUUUCAGAGCCGGUUAUGCUUCCCUGUGGUCACAACUUCUGUGCUUCGUGUAUCGAGGGAGUGAUUGAAGGAGAAGCUGGGAGAGGACAGCACACCUGCCCUGAAUGUCGGAGUGAGUACAAAGGGCAAACUGCACUGCAGAGAAACUUCAAGCUUUGCAGUAUUGUGGAGGGAUUCAAAGCCAGUGAGGGUGCCUCCUCUCCAGUGCUCUGUGAUAUGUGCUUGGAGACCCCAGACCCAGCUGUCAGGACGUGUCUCAAGUGCGAGAUCUCAAUGUGUGCUCUCCAUUUAAAACCGCAUUUGGAAAAAAAGACAUUUGAAAGCCACUCCUUGGUGGAGCCCAAGUCCGACCUCGGUGUCAAAGCAUGUCCAGUGUAUGAAGAGGUUGGGAAGUUUGAUUGCUUUGAAGACAAGUCCUGCACCGUCAAAGGUAAGCUCAAGAAAUACAAUUUGAAAAAAGCUUGUUCUGAAAUGAAGGGUGGACUCCAGUCAAAGAUAAAAAUAAUGACAGAGACGCUUCAGCAAGCGCAGAGCUUCUUCGAGAAGGGGGUCGUCAACGGAAUAUCAGUUAAAGCUGCCGAUGUGAAAAAUGGCCAAACUGAAUCUGCUGAAGUGAAGGUGGACCUGGAAUCAGAGAUUGUAAAGAAAAUACAUCUAGCGGAGAGCCUUCUCCAGAAGGGGAAAAAGAAUAAAGCCUCUGUGAAAGUUUCAAGCGCAGAAUUGAAACAGAAUGUGUCGGGCCUGUUCGACAGGAUCGCUCAACUUGUUUGCACUUACAAGGAAGGGAUGGUAGAAAUGAUAGAAGACGAACAGCGCUACCUUGUGGAGAGCCUGGAGCGCAGCACUGACUAUAUCACAAAGCAGCAGCAUCUCUGCAGAGAGAUCCAGCAGCAAGCGGACUCUGUCUCGGCCGAAACGGACCAAUUCCAGUUCAUUCAGAAGCACCAGCAAAUCCAAGCAAAACUAAAAGCAGCGCUGGAAACCCCUUUAAACGAGAAAGACGUUACCAGUCAAGCGAUGCACAACAAGAAACUCCUUGAAAGUCUGGAAAGGGCAUUUGUUGAGUUUCAAGCCGAAAUUAGAAAUUCACACCAGGAUCUGAAGGUUUUGAUUUACCCCUCAGAGCUCACGCUAGACCCGCACACAGCCCACUGUGCGCUGUCUCUCUCUGACGAUCUCAAGACUGCCAGGUACACUACUACGAAACAACCUUACCCGGAUCUCCCAGAGAGGUUUGAUCAUUGGCGUCAGGUCCUGUGUUUCCAGGGCUUCUCGUCCGGAGAACACUACUGGGAGGUGGACACUGGGGAGGGCUUUUGGCAUGUGGGAAUCUGCUACAGGAGCAUGGCAAGGAAAGGCAGUGGGACGGAUUCUAAAUUAGGGUGCAAUAAGGCAUCCUGGACUGUUGAGCUGCAUGGGAAGCUGUCUGCUUGGCAUAAAAAUGUGUGCACUCGCCUUCAGGUGUCCACCGAGCCCACCAGGCUUGGAGUGCACCUCAAUUAUGAUGCAGGGACUCUGACAUUUCUCAGUGUGUCUGACAAACAGACUUAUCUGCACACAUUUAGAACAAGAUUCACAGAACCCGUUUAUCCAGCGUUCUGGAUUCAAUCCGGCACAGCCACGUCCUGGGUAACUGUAAGGAGUACUUCAGACAGGGACUUUCAAACAUACGCAAAUGCUAGCUAGCGAAGCCAUGACCAUGAACAAUGAUCCAUUAUGCAAAAUGCAAGAUCGUAUUAACAUGCUCUCCAUAAGCUAGCGUGCACAAUGCAAACCAACAGAUCAAUAGCACAGCAGCCAAAGAAUGAAGUCAUUUAUUUGUUUGUUUUUUUAUUUUAAUUAGAAAAGCUUUAGGAAGCUAGUCGUUCACAUUUACAAAUCAGAGACAUUCGUUUCAGUUGAUAAAUAUUUCAUUUUGUGCCUAUACACUUUUGCUAUUAAAACAAUCGAUGUUUGAGCGCUGCUUGGUUUCAUGUUACAUAGAGCUGGAGUCGUUUUGCCGAUGGCACCUGUGUCACGGCAACGGGUGACGUCAGUGAGGUUAUCAGCAGUGGCAUUGCUGAAAAAGGCUGCACCUCCGGUUUGAAGGCGCUUGAUAGAAGCAAUGCAACCGGUUUCGACACGUCAUUUUAUGCUUUAGCUGUUUUAAACUUUUGUGCUCUUGCUUCCUGCUCCCCGUGAGGAGUGACAUGGAGGGAGGAGUGAUUUUUGAGAAGGUACGUCGCAGUAACAGGAUUGUUCACUCUGUGCAAAGUCAAAGAACGAGCACUCUGCACACCUGACGUCAAUUACAAUUGGAAUUGUGCAUUUUGUAAUUGAUCGUAAUUAUAAUGUAAUUGUAAUUGAACCUGGGCACACCUGUGUAGUUGUAAAAUUGCGGUUAGACCAGAUACAGUAAUCGAUCGGUUCCAGUUCAAUUAAGCAUUGAUUUGUCAUGCGGUCAUUAUUCUUGUGGUGGUUUGAAAAAAAAAUGUGAAAUGAAAUGUUUCUGUAUUUGUACCAAUGAUUACUGUUGGUUAUUUGGAAGGAAUAAUCCUGUCCAUAUGUCUAGUCGUUUAUGAAGCUUUUUAGAAUAAUUGUAAUCACUGCAGCAUAAUUGUAAUUGAACAGAAUGAGCAUUGCAUUUGUGAAAGUAAUGUCAGCAAACGAUUGUGCUGUCAUUGUAAUUGACCCAGGUCUGGCACUGCAUGCUGUUUACUGUACUUCGGGUAUUUAAUUCUGAUCAAACAAACGUUUUGUUCUGGACAGAUUCGUGAUGUUAGUGGUCAUGAUAACAUUUCUGUGAUUUGAUUUUCAGAAAUGUUUUAAUAAUAAUAAAUGCAAACUGGCCCUGAGUUUGAAUAGUCUUCAAUUUAACAAACCUAUUAGACACACACAGACAUAUAUAACACAUCAUUAUAUCCACACUCAUGGACAGUAGACAGACUUUGCUUCUAUAGGCGGAGAUAUUCUCCCACACAGACGUUCUCGGUCCCAGAACCCUGUAUAUAAAUCUAUCUGCUGCUGAUGUGUUUGGGCAGUCCCAGUUUGGACCUGCACUGCCUCACAAAUCAGACGCACAUGUGCACGCAGAACAGCUCAUUAACACCUUUGAUUAUUUGACGAUCUUACUGAAUUGAACAUAAAGGAAUGCAAACGCACACGACGCCCUCUAGAGCUGAAGCUGUUCCAUUCCACUCUGGCUUCACAGACUUUUCCUUCGGUUCAGGGUGUUAGACAACCAGAGGACAGAUUUCACAAGAUUGAUUCUGCGGUUCAAUUUUUUGUAAAAGAAAAAUAAACUGUUUGUGAUGAAAGCACAGAGGAGCCCUUCAAUCUGAGUUUCUUCAUUGCUUUUACAGAACUGGGUUGCACAC